CUCAGGGCCCAUGUCCGAACCCCGAUUCCCCAGUGGCAGGCCAAGAAGCCCGAUCGAUAAGAUCAUGGACUGGUCGGCCAGACUCGAGAAUAACAGACGAAGAAACAUUAAUCGCUAAUCUUAUCGUCAUACCAUGUCGACCUACGCGAUCCUCGGCGCCACGGGCAACUGCGGCACUGCCCUCGUCGAUAACCUGCUGCGCACCGAAAAUGCGAGAAUCAACGCUUACUGCCGCAACAAGGCGAAGCUAGGCCAAAAGAUCCCAGCAGUCGCCGACAACAAGCGCGUCACGGUCUACGAAGGGAGCAUCUACGACAUCGAUCUCCUGGCCGAAUGUAUCCGCGACACCCGCGCCAUCUUCCACGUGGUGACGACCAACGACAACGUGCCCGGCUGUCACGUCGGCCUGGACACGGCGCAGAGCAUCAUUGCCGCGAUGGAGAAGCUGAAGGUCCACGGCCAGCUGCGCGCACCGCUCCCCAAGAUUCUCCUGCUCUCCUCCGGCACGAUUGACGACCAUCUGAGCCGCCACAUGCCGUGGUGGUUUCGCCCCAUCCUUCGCACCGCCGCGUCGCAUGUCUACGAGGACCUGCGCAGGACGGAGGCUUACCUCCGGGCGCAGGAGGAUCUGGUGUCCACGAUCUUCAUCAAGCCCGGUGGGCUCGCCGUGGAUGCGCAACGUGGCCAUGAGCUGAGUCUCGAUCACGACGAGUCGUUCGUAUCGUACCUGGAUCUGGCCGCGGGGAUGAUUGAGGCAGCGGAUGAUGAGGACGGGAGAUACGAGAUGAAGAAUGUCAGCGUGGUGAACAAGCAUGGAUCAGCCAAAUUCCCCGCCGGCACCCCGAUGUGUAUUGCCACUGGUCUAGCGAGGCAUUUUUUCCCUUUUUUGCAUGCGUAUCUGCCAUCCACCGGGCCUAGCUAGUGAUUUAAGCUCGAUAAUCAAGCA